GUAUCUGCUUCGACCUCACCAAAAACCUGGAAAUUAUUCUCACUCUCCCUCUCCCUCCCUCCCUCCCUCCCUCUCCCUCUCCCUUUCUCUCUCUCUCUCUCACCACUCGCUCGCUUCGUGCCUUGAUUCUUGUUGGUUUCAUUUGGAAUUUAACAUUGCUGCAGAAUACUGCUUGAAUUAGAUUCUGUUUCUACCUAUGGAGUCCUGGAGUUUUGGUUCAGAAGAGAAAGGGUUUUUGUUUCCGGAAGAAAUCGAUAUACCAACUGAUGCAUUUUCAAGGAAUACUAGAAAAGCAUUCCUGGAAUUGGAUGACAAAACUUGCUUUAAUUUUGGCAAGGAAUCAGUUGACAGCGUGGGGUUCAUGGAUUUGGGGUUCCCUGAUAUUAACCAAGGAGUGGAAAUCUUGAAUGGUGUGGUUUGUAAUGAUUCUAGUUAUAAUUCUGUAGCUUCACCGAGUUGUUUGAUUAGUUCAAAUUCAUCUUUUGGUGAGGGAGAAUCCGGGUCGAAGUUUUCAGGCCCUGUGACUGAAUGCAGUAGUAUGGAUUCAUCAAUGAUUGCUUUGAAGCUAGGAAGCUUGGCUGAUAGCAGAGGUGGGCAGAAUAUUCAGCAUUCGAUUUCUACAGAGAGGUCGAAAAAAGCUGGCAAUGGCCCGAGGAGUUUGAACCAUCCCGCUCCCACCUGCCAAGUCCAUGGGUGUAACAUGGAUCUUACCUUCUCAAAGGAUUACCACAAGAGGCAUAGGGUUUGUGAUGCUCACUCCAAGACUGCCGUAGUGAUUGUUAAUGGAAUCGAACAGCGGUUUUGCCAGCAGUGCAGCAGGUUUCAUCUUCUUGCUGAAUUUGAUGAUGUGAAGCGCAGUUGUCGUAGGCGCCUAGCUGGCCACAACCUUCGCCGAAGGAAGCCUCUACUAGAUACCCUCGAUUGUAAACCGCAUAAGUUGAUACGGACAUGUCAAGGAAACGGGUAUAUGGGAAGCUCCUUUCCGAAGGGAACACCCUCUGUUUUUUCGGAUAAACUUCCAGAUGGCUGCAUUCUGUAUCCAGAAUAUGAGCAAACUAACCAAUAUGGAAAUGUCAAAUCUGAAGACGGGUCAACCUAUGGUCAGUCUGUAACACCUAUACCAAACAGGCAGUUUAUCCCAAAAUCAUUCCACCAUCUGCCUGGCCUUGGAAAACAGUUUGCUCCAGGAAUUCCCUCGUCAGGAAAUGAAUACUCUGUCUUUGAUACAGCAUCAAAUACUCAGAAAGCAUUUGGGGCUUCAAACUCCAGCUGUGCUCUCUCUCUUCUGUCAGCUCAACCGCAUAACUUAUCAAGCCAUUCAGCCGGAGUUCAAGUGCCUAACCCCCUGAUCAAUCAAAGAGCCCAUCACUGUUUUGGUCAACUUAAUGAAAACACUUCGAGGGUAAACUCCAUGGAAAAUUGUGGACGAAACAGGACCUACCCGUUUAGUAAGAAAUCUAUGGGAGCCAACCACAUGGAAUCAGCAAACAUUUCUGAUUCUAGUCAUGCUGCUGACUUCCAACUUCACACAGACAGGGCUUAUCAUGUGUCAGAUUGCUUGAGUGCCAAGUAUUGUGUUUCUCCUGAAUGCGGAACAACUUUUGAUUUGCUUCAAUUGUCAUCACACCUUCAGAGAGUGGAGCAUGAGAGGAACUUUCUCCAAGUAAAGCAGGAAAAUGGAAAAUUCUACUGUUUCCCGACAGGCAUGCAAGCAACAAUGUGAUUAUGUUGCUGGAGGCAGUUUGGAUCUUCAGCAUCAGAAUUCCAACAUUUCCACAGAGAGGCUGGUAGAAACUUUAGAUACCCAUUGGUAGCAAGACUCUGUUCCGAAAGGAAAAUAUAGCUAUCUAGUUUUGAUGUGGUAAAAGGCUAAAAGCUAUGUAAGCUGGAUUUUUGUAAGUUGCUAUAGAUGCCUUUAUGUUAAUUAUCUGCAAACUUUUACGGUAAUCGAGUGAUUUAAGAUAUUAUUACACUA